UAUGGAAGCAAAUAGCUUUAAACAGAGAUUUUACUCUCGAACUCCUUCACUGAGGAUCAAGAAUAAAUUUAGUGAAGAGUCUAAAGAUGGAUUUGGCUAUUAUACUAAAGAGAAGGAGAGAAAUGAUUUUAUUCUAAUGCGGGAUGACUGUGAUGUCCAGGAUACUGAAAUUUGUAUGAACAUAGACUUCAUUCCUCUAGCACCAAAUAACUUUGAAAAUGAAGGAAAUGCAUGUGAGAGCCCAAAUUUCGGAUCUACAAAAGUAGAGACUUAUUCCCGUCCGAGUAUUCCAAACAAGAAUCUGUUCACAUUCUCUGCUAAAUAAACCAUUUUUCCCUCGUCAGAGUUUGGGAGAUGAGAUUUAUGAGAAGAAGAGUUCAGAGUCGAAUCAUAGGAAAAUCCAACACUCUCGUAAUCACCCACUUAUCAAGCACUCAAAGACACAAAAACCGCGAAAAUAUAGGAAGAAGCCAAAGAAGAAGCUACGCCAAUGAAAGCUCAUAUUCGAAAAUAAUGGUGACUACUAUUCCAUAAACAUUCAAAGAUGAAGAGUUUAGCUAUAGCUAGAACUUAUGAAAUGUUUGAAAACUGUGGUUAAGAAGUCUGACAUAUUUAAACUACAGAUAACUAAGCACAGUUUCGUUAGUAACACUCACUUUAUAUACAGAGAAAUGGUUCUUUAGAAAAGAUCUUUUAAGACCAACUAAUCACACUCUGAGUUAACUAUCUUGCUCAGGAAUACUCAUAUGAUUUUACAGUUAUGGAAAAUUAAUAGAUCAAAUUUUAAUCAAAGUAGAAAUUAGAGUAAUUAUUAAAGAAUACUCAUUCUGAUGAAUUAGAAUCAAUGCUUUAGAGAAUAACUGAGAUAAAGCUGGCUUAAUGUAUGCUUAAGCUGCAAACUAAUUUAAUAAAUAUAUCGCUCAGACUUGAUGCCAACUCUUUGUAGAUAAUACAGAUCUUAAACUUUUUAGUUGAGCAGAGCUAUUAAAGUUGAAUAUAUACAACUUCAGCUUAUGAUGUAUCCAAACUUUACUCAUCAUGUCUAAUCAGUUCAUCAUAAUUAAGCCAAUAUACGGUGACGUUGUAGUCUUCACUCUGUUAAUACUAACUGUCAUCUAUAGUUCAACUAGGCCAUGAAAGAACCUUGUUUGACAAGAAAGGAAGAAACGAAGGAGAAACAGAAUAUUACAUUG